AUGGGUGCCUUCCUGGAGAAACCUAUGACCUCCAAGCACAAUGAGCAUGGGGAAGGUAAUGGGCUUCGGUACGGUGUCGGUUCGAUGCAGGGCUGGCGCUGCGAGAUGGAAGACGCGUACCAUGCCAAAACCGGUCUCGGUGAAAACCUGGAAGAUUGGAACUAUUUCGCGGUGUUCGAUGGUCAUGCGGGUGACAAUGUGGCCAAGCACUGUGCGGAGAAUCUGUUGCAGCGUAUCGUCGCCACGACCGAGUUCGGUAACAAUGACAUAACGAAGGGCAUACAUACCGGCUUCCUGCAGCUGGACGAAUCGAUGCGCAACAUUCCGGACCUCGCAUCGGGCCUGGACAAAUCGGGGACGACCGCCGUCUGUGCGUUCAUCUCGAGCCAGCACCUGUACAUAGCGAACUGUGGCGAUUCGCGCGCCGUACUCUGCCAGAACCGGCAGCCAAUCUUCUCCACCCAGGACCACAAACCGAUCCUGCCGGGUGAAAAGGAACGCAUACUGAAUGCGGGCGGUUCGGUGAUGGUGCAGCGCGUGAAUGGCAGUCUUGCAGUCAGCCGAGCGUUAGGCGAUUACACGUACAAGAACGUAAAGAAUCUCGGCCAGUGCGAACAGCUGGUAUCGCCCGAGCCGGAAAUAUUUUGCCGCGACAGGGAACCGGCCGACGAGUUCCUGAUACUGGCUUGCGACGGUGUGUGGGAUGUAAUGAGCAAUGACGAGCUGUGCCAGUUCGUGCACAACAGACUGGAAAUAUCGGACAGUCUGGUGGACGUUGCGAACCAAGUGAUCGACACCUGUCUGCAGAAGGGUAGCAGGGAUAAUAUGUGCAUCAUCAUUAUCGUUUUCCCCGGUGCACCGACCGUGUCGGAGGAGGCACAGAAGCGCGAAGAAGCACUGGAGCUACAUUUGCGCAACCGUAUCGAGCAAAUACUGGGCACGAUGGACCCGAUCGAUUAUGGCACGCUGCUGAAGGAGCUCGCGAAGGAAGACAUUCCUGAUCUACCGCCUGGCGGCGGCUUACACGCCAAAUGCUCGUUUAUAUCGAACAUUUUUAAGGAGCUCCACCCAAAAUUAGCAGAAUCUUGUGAAAUGGGCAAGUAUUAG